AUGGCUCUUCUCAACAUCACAGACACACACUCGAGCAGCACGGUGGAAGAGGUGUCAUGGGUAAAGGCCAGCUUGCUUCCAAGCCUCUUCCUUGGGGCUUGCUUCCUGGUUGGCAUGCCUGGGAAUGGUCUUGUAGUCUGGACGGUUCUUACCAAGUUCCCCCAGCGCUCAUUCACCAUUAAUGUCAUCUUGAACUUGGCCUUGGCUGACUUAAUCGUCAUGUUGACAGCACCAUUCUGGAUCUACUAUUUUCUCAACAGCUGGGUCUUUGGAAAUGUCAUGUGCAGACUUCUCCUCUACCUCGUCUACUUAACUGUGUAUGCCAGCAUCUUCUUCAUCACCCUGAUGAGCCUGCACCGCUUUGCUGUUGUGGUCUUUCCAUUCACCUCCCAAAUGUGGCGGAGGCAACGUGUGGUGUGCAGGACUUUGCUGGCCGUUUGGUUGCUGGCAGGUGUCUUUGCAUGCCCAACUUUGAUAUCUGCAUCAAGCCUGAACAAGGUUGGAGAGUGUACGGAUGAAAUAUAUUUCUCAGAUGAGCAUCGCCUUGUGGUCAACAUUCUGGAGACCUUAUUUGCCUUCGUGAUCCCGUUUUCUAUUCUCUCCAUCUGCUACACCUGCAUGAUGAGAAGGAUUCGGACACUGAGACGCUGCAAGGAAAUGAAAACUGGGAAGCUGGUUGCAGCUGUGGUGGGUGCCUUCUUUGUGUGCUGUCUUCCUUACCACAUCUUAAAUCUCAUCAUAAUCUCUGCAUUGUUGCUGAAAUAUUCUCAACCGGAGAAGGCAAAGGCCUUGCUAGAGACAGCUGAAGCUCUAACAAACCUUCAUGGGUCUGUAGCUUUUUUAAGCAGCUGCCUGAACCCCAUCCUCUAUGCUUUUGCUGCCCGGAGCUUCCGUGGGGGACUACGAGAGACCAAUUUUGCCAAGUUAUUUGGCAAAAUGCAUGAAGACACAGAGGAGAAAUCUACUAAGGACAUUACUGCUUCAGUGCAGGCUCUGCAACUCCAGGGGAGUAAGGGAGUAACUUUAGAAUAA